AAAAGAAAUUGGAACUUUAACAUUAUUGUGUUAGAAUUCAGAUAUAUAAAAAGAAAAUUAAAUGCUAAUUUUAAUUUAACUCAAAAAGAAUGAGGUGAAAUUAUAUGACAGCCUAAAAAAAAACUUCAGAUAAGUGGCCGCGCGCCAAUGCCAAUGAUUUCAAAUUACGGAGUACCUGCCUCGCAGAUCCAGACGCGCAUUUUUAUGCUUUAUACGAAAAAAGUGUCGGUUCGCCCAAUAAGAAGAAAUUAUUAGGAGGGUGAUAGAAUUACAAACAAUUAAUGUAAUUUAAAAUCGAAAAGAUCAGGUUGCAUUUCAAUAGCAAUACUGAUUGAAUGAAUGAAAAGAGUUCUGGAGUACAAGAAAUUUUAUUCUGUAAAAUAAACUGACUCCGCAUCCGGAAACAGGAAAAGAAAAAUGAAUAUAAUUUUCGGUCGUUGUCGAAGCCGUACGGAACGCUAUUUAAUCACUGUGUUAAUUAAGAAAUAAAGAAUUUGAGUUCACUAUACAGAUAUUAAAAAAUUUAUAUUUAAGUAGAGACAAAAAUUAAUUAGUUAACUACUGCUGUCAUCAUAAAUGUAGCAUAUGGAUUCGAUGCUGAGCUUAUGUGACGUUAUUUGUUAGUGCUCCUCUUCUGUGUGGAUCGCCAUUUUCACGCGACCCUCGUGCUCUUCUUUUAUCUCUAUACAUAUUUUGAUGUGCGCUAAUUAUUGAGGAUUUUAUUUUGAACUGUGAUGAACUUCUAAGUGUUUCCGUUGGAUUAUGUUUGUGAAAUUAAGAUGGCGGGAAAUGAUUUUCCCCCCAUUAACUUUCGAGGAUGCGAAAGCUGUUGCUCGUCGCCUCGUGUAUUCUUUGGUGUCGGGUUUGCCGGAUGAACUUGUUAAAUACGCUCAUGAAAAACUGAAUAGCGAAUGUAACGACUUAUUAUUGAAAGAACCGACUGACCUCAAGGAUUACGUAAAAAUUCGCCACGCUCUCUUUACACAGAAAACAAUGUCGCCUGGCAUAGAACAAUACCAGAAAAUUAGGACUAUUUGUGAAGAGCUAACAAUUUUAUUUCAAGAUAAGUGCAAAGCAUUUUGUGAAUUACAUCAUAAUAUUGUUAAACUUAAUUAUGGUGGACUGGUUCUUAAUUUGCAUGAUGAAUAUAAUGUUAAUGAAAAUUCUAGUGCUGUUUGCAAUGUUGAUGUUAUUGAUACCCCUAAUCAGGUGAAGACUAAUAGUGACUGUGUUAUCAUUAUGGAGGAUAUUCAUACCCGUUGGAUGGAAAUUAAAGCAGAUGGAUGAGAACGAGCUGGUGACAAGAAAAAGAGGAAGAAGCGCAGGAAGGAAUCUUUCGCUAUUUAUAUCUACAAGGUUUUGAAACAGGUUCAUCCCGACAUUGGUAUUUCCAGCAAAGCAAUGUCCAUCAUGAAUUCCUUCGUUA